AUGCAGACCCCGACGGGCUGUGAUGAAGGCCCAGAAAUGCAUGGUGCCUGCUGGUUGGCCAAUGGGUCCGGUCGGCGGCACGGGUGCGAACCGGUUUCAUCACCCACACAUCAUACUUAUACCGCUUCUGAUACUCCGUGCUUUCAAAAUGGCCUGCUAAACGCCUCCCCCGCACCAGCUACGUCUUUCUCGUACGAGACAGACACCAUAGAUCCUCUUCGGACCUCGUCUUUUUCUAAUCUCUCCUCUUCCACCCCCUCAGAGUCUCCUGUCCCAGGACCUCUGAACUUUAGCAUCGCUUUGCGUAGCUCAAGUUCUCCGAACAACGCUUUCCCGUUCGACAUCUCGUCGUUCACCACGGAUACCCAACAGCAAUCAUGGCUUCCCACGCCCCCGCCUCAGCAGCCAUCGGCUCCAGUGAAUUCGAUUCUCAGCGACAACAACAACAACAACAACAAUCCCAGUCCCCUUCCGCAGGACUUCGUGCUCUUUCCCGCUCCGUGUCCCCCGCCGCAACCCAGGGACUCGCGUGCUCAAGCACCGAUCAAUUCUACCCCUAGAUUAUCCGCAUAUCAACCUUCUCUGGUCCAACCAGGGUAUCCUGUUAGACGACACUCUUCAGCUUUGCAUCAGCAGCUCCCAGGCUCGCCUGCGCAGGUUCCUCUUUCGGCCAGAUUAGCCGCUCAAUCUUCCGGAUAUUCAUCGUCUCCGUCUUCUUGGUCUCACCCCGCUCUGCGAAAGCAUCUCGCGCGUCGGUUCGCAACACCUGCCGCUUCGAAUUCUACUCCUGCAGUGAACAACACUGCCUACUCUAACCGCCCACCCGUCCCUCUAUUUAACGACAAGACGGUCAACUAUUCCGCCUUUCAGAAUCAGCACAACCAAAACCUAAAGAAAAAAUACGCUUCGUAUCUACACCAUCGCCGCAUCAUGUCUACCCCCAACAUCGCUCAAGGUAAGCCCGUCACUUGGGCAGUGCACGCUUAUGUAUACGGUGCUAAGACAGUUCUAGAUUUCCCUGAGCUUUUUGAUCUUCAGUCCAACCGCUUUGGGGACGAUCUCAGCUCCCCAGAGUCCAACAUGCUUUCGCCCCAGAUCAACACUUCGUUCUUCAGCCCGAUGGGUGAGAUCGCCCCUCCGGGCACCGUCUCGCCGAAGGAUCUGUUCUUCGAUGCUUCGGCUCCCCCAUCGACGACUUUCACCGAUCUCAGCACUCCCCCGCUGGAUACGCCCGGCUUCUUCAGUCAGAACACAUCUCCCAUGAUCAACACCGAGAUGGAUCUGAAUGCUGUGCCUGAGGAGUGGGAGUCUCUGUUCCCUCAGGAUGGGUUUUCUCUGGACCUGGACUCGGCUGCCCUUGAGCUUGCUGCUUCGCUUCAACAGCCCAAGGCGACCGGACCCCCUCCGACUCCAGUGAUCCGUGACAGCGCCUCGCCUGCGCCGUCUGCCUCUCCUGCCCCAUCCCGUCAGGGUACCAAGCACUCCACAGUGGCCGGUGUCAAUGCGCGCCAGCGGAAGCCGUUGCCUCCGAUCAAGUUUGACUCUGCCGACCCCGCCGCCAUGAAGAGGGCCCGCAAUACCGAGGCUGCUCGCAAAUCUCGUGCUCGCAAGCUUGAGCGUCAAGGCGAGAUGGAGCGUCGUAUUGAGGAGCUCGAGCGGAUGCUUGAAGAGUCCAAGCAACGCGAGGAGUACUGGCGAAGCAUGGCCAAGACUGGCACCAAUUGA